AUGUUCCGUCUAAACGCAGCAAGAACUGUAUCCAGAUCCUUGAAUCUAGCUGGUAAGCGUUUUUACGCUGAAGCUGCCCCAUCAGGGUUCCUACAAUUGCAAUUUGCCCUACCACAUGAAACCGUCUUCGCCGGUAGCAAGGUCACUCAGGUUAAUUUGCCCGCACAAUCCGGUAGAAUCGGUAUCCUGGCCAAUCACGUGCCAACCGUUGAACAAUUGACUCCAGGUGUCAUUGAAGUGUUUGAAGGAACUCAAUCAAAGAAGUUCUUUGUCUCUGGUGGUUUUGCCGCUAUGCAACCAGACUCUACACUAUGUAUCACUUCUGUCGAAGCUUUCCCACUGGACUCCUUCUCUCAGGAGAACGUCAGAUCUCUAUUGAGUGAUGCCAAGAGCAAGGCUUCCUCUUCGGAUGAAAGAGUUGCAGCAGAAGCUGCUAUCCAAAUCGAAGUGUUGGAAUCGUUGCAAUCUGCCCUUAAAUAG